CAAGAAAUGAAGAAGUUGGUUUUACUUGCUGUUUUGAUUACUUCGUUAGAAUUAAUCAAUGGAGCUCUAAGAGGUCCAACAAGAUUAGGUCAACGUAUACCAAAGUAUGUGAUUAAUAUAAACAGAAAUGAAAGGAUUGUUGGCGGAGAGCCAGCCAACAUCGAACAAUUCCCAUACAUGCUAGUCUUAAUUGAUUUGUCUAGAGGUGGAUUCAUUUGCGGUGCAUCAGUUAUCCACAGACAAUGGUCACUCACAGCUGCUCAAUGCCUUGAUAAAAAUACACCAGCAGGCUCCAUCAAUCUUCGUGGCGGUUCCAGGUACAGAACAUUUGGUGGAUUCCUCUUCUUUGUUGACUUUUAUGUCCUACAUCCACAAUAUGAUUCAUAUUUGCUUGAAUUUGAUGUUGCACUGAUACGAGUUGCAGACGAUUCACCAAUGAAUGGAUUAAAUGUUGCAAUUGUGCCUAUUUCACCGAUUUGUAAUACUUCUUGCUGUCAUACUUGCGAAUAUCGGUUGGUCACUAUUACUGGUUGGGGUUACAACGAAAACGGAGUCCUGUCGUCAGGUCUCAAUCAAAUCACACUUCCAAUCUACAAUCAUUCUGCAUGUGAUGCUGCAUGGCAAGGAAUUCCAGAUGUUUUCUUUUGUAACUGGGCUGGUGAUGGCAAAGAUUCAUGUAAUGGUGAUGGUGGAUCACCAAUUUUGAGAGAUAUUGCUGGUCAGAGAUAUCAAGUUGGUAUUGUGGGCUUUGGAAGCACGGUGUGUGGAGAUGGAAGCUAUCCAAGUGUAAAUACAAGAAUUGAAUUUUCUGGUGUCAGGAACUGGAUCACAGAAGUAUCUGGAGUGUGAAAAAUAAAUUUUUAUAAAAAUUAAGCAAUUUUUUUCUAAAUUUUUAAAAAAUAAAUUUAAAGAAUGCAGC